GUUUUUGUUUGAUUUUUAAAGUGAAUUUGUCGUUCAAUUUGUUUAAGAAAAUAAGCAGUACAUGUAUGUCCCAGUAAACAAAACAUGGGAGGAAGCGAUCAAGUUCUGUCAACUGCAUGAAGCGAAACUGUCUGACUUUGGUGAAGAUGAUAUAAGUUCUAUACAAACCUGUAAACCAAAAAUACAAGAAGCAUGGACUAGUUCCUACAUAGAAGCGACUCCUUACUUGUCUCUGAUUGGUUGCUUCAGAACUAAACACAGCUUGGUAUUUUCCAGCUUACAGAGGGCAUCGGUGUUGGAUUGCCAAUAUUCGUGUUCCAAUUCAACUCAAUUUGCUAUUAAGGGUAAAGAAUGUGCUUGUCUGGAUGAUAAUACCAGCAUAGAGGAAUCGGUCGAUGCCAGUUUGUGUGAUGUCACGUGCGAAGAUACCUUCUGCGGAGGGAAAAACGUCAGCAAUGUGUAUUCUGUCGUCGGGAACGAAUUUUUCACAAACAGAAAAAUCAUGAAGAGCAAGGACUUCACCUCUUGUAUGUCCUACCAGUGUAUCAAUCACACAUACCAGUACAACGAGAUGGAUUGUAAUAAUGAAAGAGUUACCCAAGCAACCUGCAGUAGUUUUUUCUCCUGCACCUUUGAGCCUGGCGAUCCGUGCUUUCUGGUUCAAGCUGAGAGCAACGAUUUCAACUGGACAAUAACAAACGAGGAAACACCCCGUGGUCCAGAAUCGGCUUAUGAGGGAUUGUACUUUGCAUUUGUUAACGAUAGCGAUAGUGGAUUCAACAAAGGAAAUAAAGCAUCCCUUGUUUCAAAUAUUGAUUUCUUUGAUAUUGAAGACAGCAGUUGGUGUUUGCGGUUUCGUUUCUCCCGCCGAAACACCAGCACCAGCGCAAAUGUGACGAUUUACACAAAGAACAUGAGGAACAGUUCUGUUGUAGUGUACAACCGGACUUUCUUUGGUGAACAAUAUGUGGAGUGGAAGUAUGUCGAGUUUGAUAUGAAACUCCGACAACACGACAGAAUUUUCUUCAGCUUUACCCGUAGUUCUACAGUGUCGAACUUUGCUCUAGAUGACGUAUCACUAACGAAAGGAAGAUGUAAGACGACAUCCACACAGAAUCUCUACAUGAAAGGGGAAGUAAAAUGUGAUUUUGAAGGAAACCAGGAUCUUUGUUUUGAACAGGACAAGGGCGACAACUUUGACUGGAAAAUCACUCGAAAUGAAAGUACACCAAGAUAUCCAACCACGGGACCCGGGAAUAAUAUCGAGGGAAAUUACUUUAGUUUUAUUGAUGUCAAAGGCAGACAAAAAGGACAUAAAGCCGUCCUGAUUUCUAAGUUUGAGCUAAAUAAUGUUAACAUAACAUUCAGUAUGUAUUAUAAUAUGAAUGGUAGACACGUGAAUACGCUGAGAGUUUACCUGAAGAAAACGGAAACUGCUGAAGAAAAAGAGAUUUUUAAUAAAUAUGGAAAUCAACAAAGAUCAUGGAUAUGGUGUAAUCGCACUGUAGUUAUAGAUGAGAAAACAAAGCUAUACAUAUCAGCCAACGUCGGAAAUGGAUCUUUGGGAAAUAUUGCCAUAGAUGAUAUCAGGAUCAAAAUAAAUGGACAAGAUAUGAAAAAUAACUGGAUGAAUCUGAAUAAGAGAUGUCAGGACAGGCUGGGCGUCUAUUCCGUGAAUCACAAACAAUUAGCAAAUCUACAUUGCCUUUCUCCGGGUCCAGAAAGGUGGACAGGUAUCAUACGACCCCAGAGGAGAGGCACGGCAACAGGGGUUGUCCAACACCAUCCAACUGUCGUACAGCUGUUCCAGGGUCGGGUAGACCCGUACAUAUUUGUCUGGGAAACGUUUAACACUUCGGUAUCUAGGCCUUUUGUUUGUGAAAAGAAUUCAUCAAGCGCUUCUUGUUCGCCGUUUACGGAGAAUUCAACAACCUACAUUAGCGGUGAAGCAGGUACAAAUAUCGAAAUAUCUAGUGGAGAGGCAGAUGUAACAGUUUGGGUGGUACUUGCCGGUGUGCUAACGGUGUGUGUAGUUGUCGCCUUAUUGGUGGUGUAUUACAUACGUACUUGCAGGAAAAAGUCCUCAAGAGAUCAGGGUAACAGAUAUAUUCCCACACACUCAAAUGCGACGUAUGCACACUCUAGUGAAAACAAUGGCAUCGAAAGCACAUCUCCCUACGAUGAAGUUAACAAUACGAGUCCAAUGGGAAAAGAUGAUAAAGCGAAAAUAGCUGCUCAGGAAACAUUCAAUAAUAGAAUGGCUUAUGAUAUGCCAAAAAGAAAUCAAGAAAGUGAAAAAGAACCGGACGAAGAUUAUGACCACCUCCAUGAUAUGAACACAAGUAAUACGUCAGCAAGGAAUGAUGACGUAUAUAGCCAUAUGACGGGUCAACAUAACACGUCACCAUUAUUAGCUGAUGACACUUAUGAUCAUACAAUCAAGAUGGAGGGUGAAUAUGGAGCACAACAGCUUCAUCACGAUGACAAUGAGACAUAUGAUCAUGCCCAUGUUCCUGAUGAAAUGUACAGUUUGCUACAUCAAGAUACCCAUAGUACAGAAAACGUAUACGACCACGCAGAAAAAUAAUGUUUGGUGACUAUCAGAAUUUUUGUUCUAAGUAUAGAGUAUACGGCCGAUCGUAAGCGGAUCAGCUGUAAGAGUCCAGAGAAUAUUUAGUGAAACGUUGAUAUAGAUAGACGUACAUUUCAUGGGUGUUGGUAUCCUCUUGAUUUACAAUUCCGUCAGAGAGAUUUGUAAAUCAAUGUCAAGGUCUACUAUGAGACCUCUGAUAGUUUUGAUAAUCAUUGAAUUACAUCCAUGUCUACCACUCAAGUUUCAUACAUCUAUAUUCAAAUUUGCAUGAUAUAUUUCAAAUGUCUGUCUUUAUGUUCUCAGUCUUGUGAUCCCUAUUCAAGAUUUGUGACUUAUGUCGGUGUAUUGUUGUUUGCAAACUUGUGGAGUAUAUACCUUCUUUGUUCAAAAUCUUGUGAUUUCUAUUCGAUGUAGUUCAUUGUGAAUUUUAAUUAAAACCUAGUGUUACAUGU